GUGACUAAGAUUUUGAUUCUCUCUCCGCAUCUCCGAGAAGAAACUUGUUUUCAAUCAAAAUCGGUCAUAACCACCACGAUCGCCGUGCCCGACGCUGCUGUCGCCUUUUUCGACUUCUCUAACAAAUCCAAUACUCAUCGGACGGUCUGGAAUUGGAUUGCUUCACCGAUUUCGUCUCUCUCUGAUCCAUUUCCGAAUCGCAUAUCGAUCUUGUUUGUCCUGCCUUCAGAUCACGCCGAAGCUUCAUCUCUGUUUUUUCAGAAGUUCUAUUCAACUCUAUAAAUUUUGAUUCAAAAAAUGAAUCGAAUUCUUCAUUCAAAGUUACUACUGUAGUCAUGAAUUUUAUUGACUCUAUACGAUUUCAUAUUCCAUGCGAGCUGAUGAUUAUUAUAUGAACAAAUCGAGAUUUUCUGUUAAAUUUGGGGGUAGAAAGCAAUGGCGAGGUGGAGAGUCGGAGGAGAGAAGGAAGAGACUGAGAGGCACAUAGGUCUGCUCAAAUUGGUACAAAUACUCUCCUUCUUGGUAGUUUUCGUUGCCGGUAUCAUUAUAGGCUUGGCAACCAGUUCUCACAUCAACCAUUACUUCACUUCACAAGCAGAGUUUUACUUCAGCCGUAAUUUUCAGAUCGCCCUUCCUCCCGUCGGGGGCGGCGUGGGUGCCAACUGUAAUGUUGUACCGCAUUGCGAGAAGGUGGAUUGUUUGAAUAUGGAGACGUUUUUGCGUCCAAAGAAUUUGACCCAUGGCAUGACAGACAAUGAGAUCUUCUGGAGGGCUUCUUUAUUGCCCAAUAAAGAGGAGUAUCCCUUCGAUAGAGUCCCAAAGGUGGCUUUCAUGUUCUUGACUAGAGGGCCUUUGCCCUUUUUACCGUUGUGGGAGAGGUUCUUCAAGGGCCAUGACAAUUAUUUCUCCAUUUAUGUCCAUGCCCUUCCUGGUUACCAGCUUAAUGUUUCUGAGGACUCCCCAUUUUAUUGGAGGCAGAUCCCCAGUCAGACUGUUGAAUGGGGAACAGUGACACUGGCUGACGCUGAGAGGCGUCUUCUGGCAAAUGCUCUGCUUGACUUUUCAAAUGAGCGAUUCGUUCUUCUCUCAGAGAGCUGCAUUCCAGUUUAUAAUUUUCGAACUGUCUACAAGUAUCUUAUAGGAUCUGAGCAUAGUUUUGUUGAUUCCUAUGAUGAUCAAUCCCGUUAUGGUCGUGGACGCUACAACCGUAAAAUGCUUCCUGAUAUUAAGCUUUAUCAAUGGCGCAAAGGAUCUCAAUGGUUUGAAAUCCACCGUACGCUGGCUGUCUAUUUAGUUUCAGACUCCAAGUACUACACCCUCUUCAAACGAUAUUGCAAGCCAGCUUGCUAUCCUGAUGAGCAUUACAUUCCAACUUUCCUCAAUAUGUUCCAUGGGUCACUAAAUGCGAACCGGAGUGUAACUUGGGUUGACUGGUCCAUGGGUGGACCACAUCCAGCAUUGUAUGGGAAAGCUAACAUUACAGAAGAUUUCAUACAGUCUAUCAGGAAUAAUGAGACACAAUGUGCUUAUAACUCUGAGGUGACAUCUGUUUGUUACCUUUUUGCUCGGAAGUUCGCUCCAAGUGCAUUGGAGCCCUUGCUUAACCUAACUUCCACAGUAAUGGAGUUUUGAAAGUUUUGAAUCGGCAGAUACAGGAGUUCAUUGUAUUUCUUUGACUAGAUAUUUUUUUUGUGUUCCCUUUUGCAGAAUUGUACAUUUAGUCGUGCCUGGGGAAUUGGGGUUCUUGAUAGCUGAGGGAAUUGCUUUUUGUCUGAAAUUUUCUGGGAGGAAAUGUUGUCAUUUGUUCUUGAAGAAGAAAAUCAUCAAUGCAAUAAUUUUUUGUCAGCUAUUGUUUCACAUUCCUUUUUGGCUCGUCUUCUGUGAAUCGUGAUUUAGAAAUUGAAUAAGAUCUUGUUUCUUUGUAUUUGCAGUGGAAGAAUUUGAAUGCUUCCAAAGUUGCAACUUGUUAAGAAGGCAAGAUCU